CAGAAAAAGGCUGAGAAGAUGCGAAUUGAUUUGGUCCUCACAGGGUUAAAGAUGGUUAUGCUGCUGUCAUCUGACGUCGUGGCAUUAAAAUACAAAUGAUACAAUCCCCGAUCCAGCAAUCGUUCUCCAACAGCAAUGUCGCAUUUAUUUGCGUUGUUUGCUGCAUCAAGUGUUUCUUGGCGGGCACCUUCAUGUUGUGAGAGUGUCUCAUCCCCUGGUUGCUGUUUUAAAGCUGCUAGAAUGCACCUAACCACCCACACAUGCAGCCACAUUCCCCCUGCAUCCCUGAUGCCUCUUUGUCUACUCUCAUGACUGCAGCAGCUCGACACAACUUCACACCUGAUAAGAUAUGGUAUAACAUUCCAGCAGCACCCGUCUCUCUCCGUCCCACCCCUUUGCCCCCUCCCCGGUGGUGCUGUUCUAUGGUUUUCUGCGUGUGCGGUAGUAAAUAAUUCAUUGUCAGCGGCGCGUCCUACAAGCCCCGGUGCGGAGAAAAAGCAGCCCAGCUCGUCAUUCCUGCGGUCUGAACUCUGGCAACAGCUCCUGCGAGAGAAAGAUUACACAGAUCCAAGGAAGCUGCAGAGUCCCCCAACCCCCCCCACACCCCACACCCACUUUCCCUCCCUCCCUCUCUCACCCAUCCUCUCAUUCUCAUGCUGAACUCUGUGCUGAGCGUUAUCGACGCGGCGUUAUCGGAUCGCCUCUCAACAAGCCACCGAGGAGGAACUUCAAGAAGCCCAUCCACACAGCUUCCCUCCCCUCCCGCUCGAGGAUGCCGGAGCUCGGGCCGAGAUGGACGGGGCUGAUCUGCCUGUCGUUCCUCUGUCUGUUUCUCUGCCUGCCGAGGGAAUCAAACGCCAGGAGAGCCCCGAAGAUCCCCAGAUGUCCUGGGACCUGCUCCUGCACCAAAGACAGUGCCUUCUGUGUGGACACCAAGGCCAUCCCCAAGAGCUUCCCGCCCGGGAUCAUCUCUCUGACGAUGGUGAACGCGGCCUUCACUACAAUCCCAGAGGGGGCUUUCUCGCACCUUCAUCUACUGCAGUUCCUACUGUUGAACUCCAACACAUUCACCAUGAUUGCCGAUGAUGCCUUUGCUGGCCUUUCUCACCUGCAGUACCUGUUCAUUGAGAAUAAUGACAUCCAGGCCCUGUCAAAGUACACCCUCAGAGGACUCAAGUCCCUGACUCAUCUAUCUCUCUCAAACAACAACCUGCAGCAGCUGCCAAGAGAUCUCUUCAAGCAUCUCGACAUUCUCACCGAUUUGGACCUGCGGGGGAACAAUUUCCGCUGCGACUGUAAAAUCAAAUGGCUCGUCGACUGGAUGGAGAAGACCAACACUUCGGUUCCUGCGAUCUACUGCGCCAGUCCUUUCGAGUUCCAGGGACGCCGGAUCCACGACCUCGCGCCGCGGGACUUCAACUGCAUCAGCGCAGAUUUUGCUGUUUACGAAACCUUCCCCUUCCACUCUGUGUCUGUGGAGGCCUACGAGUACAAUGAGGAUCAGUUUGUGGCCUUUGCUCAGCCUGAUUCAGGGUUCUGCACCUUGUAUGUAUGGGAUCAUGUGGAGAUGAUCUUCAGGAUGUUUCAUAACAUUACUUCUCGCUCCGCUGUGUACUGCAAACCAGUGGUGAUAAACAACAGUCUCUACAUGGUCGUUGCUCAACUCUUUGGCGGAUCUCAUAUCUACAAGUGGGAAGAGGACCCGCAGCGCUUUGUGAAGAUCCAAGAUAUUGACACCACUCGCGUGAGGAAGCCCAACUUCGUGGAGACCUUCCAGCUGGAUGAAGAGUGGUACUUUGUGGUGGCGGACAGCUCCAAGGCAGGUUCCACCAGCAUUUAUCGCUGGAACAGCAACGGUUUCUACACCCACCAAUCCCUUCAUCCCUGGCACCGGGACACGCAUGUGGAGUUCCUUGAUGUUGGGGGAAAGCCUCACCUCAUCCUCUCCAGCGCCUCUCAGGCGCCGGUGGUCUACCAGUGGAACCGAGGACAGAAGCAGUUCGCCUUCUUCUCCCAAAUCACAGAGCUGGCAGAUGUGCAGAUGGUUAAGCACUUUUGGGUGAGGAAAGUUCUUUACCUUUGCCUCACGCGCUUCAUAGGCGACUCGAAGGUCCUCCGCUGGGAAGGGCAGCGCUUCAUAGAGAUCCAGACUCUUCCCUCUCGAGGCUCAAUGGCGGUGUAUCCUUUCACGGUGGGCCUCCGCCAGUACCUCAUUCUGGGAAGCGAUUUCUCCUUCUCCAGAGUGUACCUUUGGGAUGACCUCACUCAGCGCUUUCAGCCCUUCCAGGAGCUCAACAUGAGGGCCCCGCGGGCGUUCAGCUUGGUGUCCGUAGACAACAAGGACAUAAUGCUGGCUGCCAGCUUCAAAGGAAACACGCUGGCCUACCAGCACCUGCUGCUGGAUCUAAGUGCCAUAUAGAGAUGCUCCAGUCAGAGCAAAAGGAGGUGUUUCUAAGCAUUUAACAACAACGUGCCAAAUAAAGGGAUGACUGCAAAAUGUUAAAGCCAUGUAACUUAAGUUCUGUUGCGUCACACACGCUUUUACGCGAGUCAACUGAUUAAAUAAUGAAUCUAUUUUUAUGCACUAUCCCUUAACAUCUGAAUGAAAUAAUGUGAUAAUAUAAAAUAUCAGUAACAUGCUAACAUAAGGAUUGUGUCACUGCCGCAUAUUUGCUUGUGUUCUGCGAAACAUUAAUCAAGGCAAAUUAUUUUUCAAAGAAUGUUACAUUGUAUGCUGCAUUUUACUAAUGUGCGAAAAAUGAUAUGCAUGUACAUCAACAGAUUUAUUCAGAUGAUGACACUGAAUAUUGUAAAUUACUGUAAAACAAUGAUGGUUUUGUAAUUUAAACAGUGUAGUUUAUCUGUGUAGCAUUUUGCAUGACACAGUAUAAUAUAUAUGAAAACAAGCAAUACCAUUGCAUUGAUUAUAUCUAUCUUUAUAUACCAGCUAUUGAAUUGUUUUUGGGUUUGAUGUUCUACAAUAAUAACAUAUGAUCAGAGCCAGUCAGAGGCAUGCGCUAACUAAUGGGAUUUCAAAAUUUACCUGAAAAUGUGAACCUGCUAUUUUGCUCUUUAGAAUGUGGUCUUUACUAAGCUUUUAUCCAAAAUGUCCUCCUAGUUAACAAUGCUGGUUAUUUGGGCACGUCGGAAAUGCGAGAACAUUUCGGGGCACUACUACAAAUUUAAGGAUUAUAAAAAAUAAACAAUAAGAAUGUAUAUUAAAGUUGUAAAAAAGUUCUAAUUUCCUUUUUUCUUAAUGUACAGUUAAACUACCGAAUUAUUGCAAUGUACAUACAAAUUCAGCUUAAAGCCCAUAAAUGAUUAGGAUCAGUUUACCAAGAGUUGUAGACUAGAAAAUGUAGCCAAUGAAAGAUAUAAUGAAGUUAGACCUUUUACCUGCAAAUUUAAAUUAAACAUACUUAAACCACG